CCCAACCACAUCGUUCUCUGUUUUUUUUUUAACGAAUCUCCGUCCUCUCUGACAUGAAAUCUUUGCCCUUCCAUGCCCUUUAACCUUUCCUUUUCCCGGUCUCCCCCUCUUUUCCGGUACCCCUUUUCCGGCGGAGGAAAUUCACGAAGAGGAGAUCUCGAGGCGGUUCUGUCACCGGAGAAAUGGAGGAGAACUCCUCGGAGAAAAUUUCCGGCUGCGGGCUAUUGAGCGUAAUGUUCGGAAGGCGUGCCCUGUGGGCCAAGAAACCUACCGGAGAUAACAGUAGCCACAAAAGCUCGAUGGGCAGUAGCGGUAAUGUCCCGACAGCCUCCGCCAACAUUCAGUUUACCAAAUCCCCCGGAACCGAGUUUGCCCCUAAAAGGACUCAAGUUGCAAACAACGACGAUCAAAGGAUUGCAUCCGACCCGAUACAGAACAAGAAAUCGGGCUUAAGACCUUCAUCGAAUCAAUACCCUAAUAGCCAUCAACCAUAUAACAACGGUAAUCGCAGUAGUAAGAAUGAUUCAUAUGGAGGAACGGUCCAACAACAACAAGUUAGGAAGGUGCCGAAGGGAGCAAUCGGGAUAUCGGGCGAGCUAGAGAAAAUGAUCACCGAUCAUCAGAAAGGGAGAUCGCCCAAUGGCUCGUUGGUUCGUGCAUCUUCGAGCAAUGUCAUGUUGUACGGUAAUCUUGGGAAUCUGAGACAGCCCGGGGGGAAUUCCACUGUAGGGUAUGGGGCGAGGAAGACGAACGACGAGGAAAGGAGGAUGGCUGGACCGGUUGCAAGGAGCUCGUACCAGUCAGGAUCAUUGUGUAGGGCUAUUUCGACGAGGAUGGAUCCCGAAACGUUGAAGAUAAUGGGGAAUGAAGAUUACAAGAACGGGAAUUUCGCCGAGGCAUUGGCUCUGUAUGAUGCAGCCAUAGCCAUUGACCCGAACAAGGCAGCUUACCGGAGCAAUAAGAGCGCGGCUUUAACAGCAUUGGGCAGAAUCCUCGAGGCGGUUUUCGAGUGCAGAGAAGCCAUCGGAAUCGAGCCUCAUUACCACAGGGCUCACCAUAGAUUGGCAAAUUUGUAUCUCAGAUUAGGAGAGGUCGAGAAGGCGAUAUAUCAUUUCAAACAUUCGGGUCCAGAAGCUGAUGCCGAGGACAUUGCUAAAGCCAAGACCGUACAAACACAUAUAAACAAAUGUACGGAAGCCAAGAACCGACGAGAUUGGAACACACUGAUAAAAGAAACAGCAAACGCCAUAUCCUCAGGCGCUGAUUCAGCUCCUCAGGUAUAUGCUUUGCAAGCAGAGGCUUUCUUGAAGACGAACAGACAUCAAGAAGCCGAUGAAGCAUCGUCCAAAAGCCCUAAUUUUGAUGUUGAAACAUCAACUAAGUACUACGGAACCAUCAGUCAAGCAGGUUUCUUGUCCGUCGGGGCUCAGGUUCACAUGGCCUGCGGCAGAUUCGAGGAGGGAAUGGAGGCGAUCGAACGAGCCGUGAAGAUGGACGGGAACAACAGGGAGGUGCAGAUGGUGAUGAUGAGGGCUCAGGGGGUGACAGCGGCACGGUCGAGAGGGAACGAGCUUUUCAAAGCAGGGCGGUUCGAGGAAGCCAUCGCCGCCUACGGAGAGGGUUUAGACCUCGACCCUCGAAACUCCGUCUUGCUCUGCAACCGAGCCGCUUGCCGCUCCAAGAUGAGCCACCUCGACAAGGCCGUCGACGACUGCUCCGCCGCUCUCUCCCUCCGCCCCGGCUAUGCCAGAGCUCGUCUACGAAGAGCCGAUUGCCACGCCAAGAUGGGAAACUGGGAAAUGGCGAUGGAAGACUACGAGGUACUGAAGAGAGAGAGACCGGAGGACGCGGAAGUGGACAGAGGUUUGUCGGAAGCGCGGGAACAGCUCAUGAAACGCCGAGGUCACGGUUCUCGAUAAUAUUCGCCGGCGAUUAUACUUUUUUUUUUUCCGGUGAAUACCGAUUCUUUUUUUUUUCCUUUUCGACAUAGCGAUUUAGAACAGGAAUGAAAUCAAGCUUGAAUAUUUGUGUAGAGAUUCGUGGUGAUGAUUUAGCUUUUAAUGUUUCUUGUCUUCCU